UUGAGGCGAGGUCUCGUCGGCUCGGAGCAGCAGCGGUUACCGCCGCCUCUGGAGCGUAGUUUUAGCUCGAUCCAUCAUGGCGAUGCAUGCGAAGGCGACUCCGCCGCAGAUCCCGGACACCCGCCGGGAGCUCGCUGAGCUAGUGAAGAGGAAACAAGAACUCGCUGAGACGCUGGUGAACUUAGAAAGGCAAAUAUACGCGUUUGAAGGGAGCUACCUAGAAGACACCCAGAUGUAUGGCAACAUCAUCAGAGGCUGGGACAGAUACCUCACUAACCAAAAGAACUCCAACAGUAAGACCGACAGGAGGAAUAGAAAAUUCAAGGAAGCAGAGCGUUUAUUCAGCAAAUCGUCCGUCACAUCAGUUGCAGCAGUAUGCGCACUCGGCGGGAUCCCAGAUCACAUGAAUGAAAAGCGCGAGGCGGGCAGUGGCACAGAAAGCGACACCUCGCCAGAUCUUCAGAACCAAGAAAACGAGCCCAGUCAGGAGGACACGGAGGACGUGGACUCGACGAUGCAGGACCUAAAGCCUCAGAAGGCGGCCUCCUCCUCCUCCUCGGGCAGCCAUCACGGGAGCCACAAGAAGAGGAAAAACAAAAACAGACACAGUCCUUCUGCCAUGUUUGAUUAUGACUUUGAGUUUGACAUGAAGGUUAACAAGAAACCAAGAGCUGAUUAUUCAACCUAAAGACACCUGGAAGCCCUGGAUGCACAUGAGGAUGCUGAAACACAACAUUUCUGGACUUUAUAUGCCUUUUAUUUUUUUCUUUCAGUCGUCAUUUUUCAGCCUGUACUGUGUGUUUUGCUUGAAACAUUCCCCUCUCCACCUACCUUUUGGUCACGGUCGACAUUUUCUUUGACCCGCCAGUUAAAGUAGAAAUACGGUGUUGCAUGUUACUCGUGGCUCAGAUGAGGCCCACCUCCAGUAACGCACCACAUCUUUGUAUAGUGUUUAAAAAAAAAAAACUGUAUUUAUUUGUAGCGAGUUUUCAUGUUUCCCAUUGUAAUGAAGUUUUUUUUUUUUCUUCAUUUGAAGCAUCACAUAGUUGUACAACCAAGUGAAUGCCCCAGAUUCUUUUAUGACAUUGUUUGUUUUGCAAAAAAUAAUAAAACACCGUUAACGUG